AUGCCAACUCCUUUGCUUCGACAGAUGUAUAGCCUCGAUGAGCGCGGGAGUUUUCGUCAGCAACGAAAACGCCGAGCCGGAAUAUCAGGCAUCGCCACCGGUGGCUCCGUCCUGGGAGGUCGAUCGAAUCAGUCAUCAUUUGAUUCCAACACAGAUGUAGCCCAAAUUUCAAUGAACUGGAUGCGAAUGAAUGGCCUUGCCCAAGGUGGAUUCCGGCAACUGCUCACAGGAAACCCUGCGGUAGCCAAGUCGACGACCAAUCUUGGACGAGUAAGCUCACUGCGAAAAAUACAAGGGAAUCCCAGUUUGGAGGAUAGGAUUCAAACACAGCAUUGCAUUGACGUCAUUGAUGGUAUGUUCAAAUUUGCAGGUAUCAUUUAG